AUGGCGAAAAACACGGCUAUCGGCAUCGACCUGGGCACCACCUACUCCUGCGUGGGGGUGUUCCAGCACGGCAAGGUGGAGAUCAUCGCCAACGACCAGGGAAACCGCACCACCCCCAGCUACGUGGCUUUCACCGAUACCGAGCGGCUCAUCGGCGAUGCAGCCAAGAACCAGGUGGCGCUGAACCCGCAGAACACCGUGUUCGACGCGAAGCGGCUGAUCGGCCGCAAGUUCGGCGACCCGGUGGUGCAGUCGGACAUGAAGCACUGGCCUUUCCGCGUGAUCAACGACGGAGACAAGCCUAAAGUGCAGGUGAGCUACAAGGGGGAGACCAAGGCGUUCUACCCAGAGGAGAUCUCGUCGAUGGUGCUGACCAAGAUGAAAGAGAUCGCCGAGGCGUACCUGGGCCACCCGGUGACCAACGCGGUGAUCACCGUGCCGGCCUACUUCAACGACUCGCAGCGGCAGGCCACGAAGGACGCGGGGGUGAUCGCGGGGCUGAACGUGCUGAGGAUCAUCAACGAGCCCACGGCCGCCGCCAUCGCCUACGGCCUGGACCGGACGGGCAAGGGGGAGCGCAACGUGCUCAUCUUUGACCUGGGCGGGGGCACGUUCGACGUGUCCAUCCUGACGAUCGACGACGGCAUCUUCGAGGUGAAGGCCACGGCCGGGGACACGCACCUGGGCGGGGAGGACUUCGACAACAGGCUGGUGAACCACUUCGUGGAGGAGUUCAAGAGGAAGCACAAGAAGGACAUCAGCCAGAACAAGCGGGCCGUGAGGCGGCUGCGCACGGCGUGCGAGCGGGCCAAGAGGACCUUGUCGUCCAGCACCCAGGCCAGCCUGGAGAUCGACUCCCUGUUCGAGGGCAUCGACUUCUACACGUCCAUCACCAGGGCACGGUUCGAGGAGCUGUGCUCCGACCUGUUCCGGAGCACCCUGGAGCCCGUGGAGAAGGCUCUACGCGACGCCAAGCUGGACAAGGCCCAGAUCCACGACCUGGUCCUGGUGGGGGGCUCCACCCGCAUCCCCAAAGUGCAGAAGCUGCUGCAGGACUUCUUCAACGGGCGCGACCUCAACAAGAGCAUCAACCCGGACGAGGCGGUGGCAUACGGGGCGGCGGUGCAGGCGGCCAUCCUGAUGGGGGACAAGUCGGAGAACGUGCAGGACCUGCUGCUGCUGGACGUGGCUCCCCUGUCGCUGGGACUGGAGACGGCCGGAGGCGUGAUGACUGCCCUGAUCAAGCGCAACUCCACCAUCCCCACGAAGCAGACGCAGAUCUUCACCACCUACUCGGACAACCAGCCGGGCGUGCUGAUCCAGGUGUACGAGGGCGAGAGGGCCAUGACUCGGGACAACAACCUGCUGGGGCGCUUCGAGCUGAGCGGCAUCCCGCCGGCCCCGCGGGGGGUGCCCCAGAUCGAGGUGACCUUCGACAUCGACGCCAAUGGCAUCCUGAACGUCACGGCCACGGACAAGAGCACGGGCAAGGCCAACAAGAUCACCAUCACCAACGACAAGGGCCGGCUGAGCAAGGAGGAGAUCGAGCGCAUGGUGCAGGAGGCGGAGAAGUACAAGGCAGAGGACGAGGUCCAGCGCGAGAGGGUGUCUGCCAAGAACGCGCUGGAGUCGUACGCCUUCAACAUGAAGAGCGCCGUGGAGGAUGAGGGGCUGAAGGGCAAGAUCAGCGAGGCGGACAAGAAGGUGGUGCUGGACAAGUGCCAGGAGGUGAUUUCCUGGCUGGACGCCAACACCUUGGCGGAGAAGGACGAGUUUGAGCACAAGAGGAAGGAGCUGGAGCAGGUGUGUAACCCCAUCAUCAGCAGACUGUACCAGGGGGCGGGCGGCCCCGGGGCUGGCGGCUUUGGGGCUCAGGCCCCUAAAGGGGGCUCUGGGUCUGGCCCCACCAUUGAGGAGGUGGAUUAG